GCAAAGUCGAAGGAGCCUGCCGAGCCGCCGCCUGCCAAGGCAAAGGCAAAGGCCCCAGCGCUGGGCAUCACUGGGCCGACCAAAGAUCUUUACCAGCCGUUCCGGCGAGACCCGUUGCGAAGAAGAAGGGUCCCGGCAGCAGAAGAGCUGGUGGAAGAGGACGUUGGCACAAGGUCUCGGUCUGAGCCGCCUCCUGGAGACGCGUCUGUGGACUUGAGUGCAGCCGGAGGCGCACUAGAGAACACUCCCCUGAGAUCGGCGAGGAGGACGCGCACACCACCAAGAACGCGGGAAGCCGAAACUGGUUUUAUUCGUGACCUUCGUUUGCGCGGUUCCGUGCUUGCUUCCCUGCAUCGCGCGGAACAGGCGGAACCGGAGGCCACGGAAGAGGAGCCCACAGCGGAGGAGCCGACAGCCAAGGAGGAGCCAGCAACCACCGACGAGGCCAAGGCUGAGGAAGCAGAGGAAGAGACAGGGGGACAUCAAGACCAUAUUGUUUCUGCCGAGGGUGCUGCCGAAGGCGCGCCAGGAGAAGGAGCGGAGGAGGAAGAGGACCCAGAACAAGACGUUGAGAUCGAGGUCGAGGUUCCAGCCUCCGUGUCCGAGCGCACCCGCUCGCCUUCACCCUCGGGAGAAGCAGUUCAGGAGGUUAGGGUUGCCGUCAAGCGCGGGAACGUAACGCAUAGGGUGCAGCGCACCGCGCACCAGGAGGACGCAGCAGAGGCACUAUCCGCACCUGAUCCGUACGAUCUGCCUGAGGAGGAAGAGGUCGUGCAGUACAGGGGUGCUGCCCGAGGUGAAGUUGUUGAGGCGGAGGUUGAAGAGACA